GAGUAUUAAAAGCACAUGAAACUGUAUUUUUCCCUUUAUGUAUGAGACACAAGCCAUUGUUUCCUCAUCGGCUCCAACAAAGAAAAACACACGUCAAAGUUGUCGGGUGUGUUGUGUGCCAGAGGGACAAGUUUACACCUCGUAGUCAUGUCUGAUAUCACAUUAAACCUCAAGUGAAUUUAAGGCAAAGGUGUUAAUAAACAAACUUUAACAAAAACACAUGAUGCAACCAAAUGUCACAUGAAUGCACAGUACCUGAAUUAAGGAGUCAAAUAAGUGAUUAAAUGGGAACUAAUGUAAUACAUAAUAUGAUAGACAUAAAAAAUACAUUAUUACUUUACAUUCUGAUAUUAUAAUAGCAUAUUUCACUCCACAGACUAAUAAUGGCUUUGUAUCAUUCAUUUAUCCCACUCAGUUAUGACAGUGUCACAGUGUGCCAGUAUACAGAAGACCAAAAAUCAAAUCCAGCUAUCUUUACUCUUAGUUUUGUGGUUUUAUUAAUGGAUGGUUUAUUUGUAAAAUAUCUAUUUGAACAGUUACUGAGGCCUACAACCACAUACAGACAUACAACCACAGGGCUGAAGUAAACUGACCUUUUCCUAACAAAACUAAUACAGAUAAGUUUCUAUAAGGCUCAUGUUGUAAGGUUCCCUGCCUAAAUAAAGAGACAAAGAAACAAAAGUUGGGGCUUCUGCAGUCUAUCUUAAUAAUAAUAAUACCAUCCAGGUAGGGACAUGGGAAUUUCAUAUCUACAGUACAUAAUAUUGUUAAAUGAAUCCAAUCGAGAUGAGGCCCAAAAACAGUAUCGAAUGGCACUCAUCUUCAAGCCCUCGGGCAGCACUGCAUUAAACCCAGAUGUGUUUCUAUAGAAAAACCUUGUAAAACUUUACGAUUCAAAGAAAAAAAAACAGAUAUAAACAAGAUCCAGAAACACUACAGCAUGUCUCAGUGGGAAAAAAAAGAGUCCUAGUGCUAAUCUGGCCUGUCUGCAGUCCAGACCAGGCAGCCAUUGAAAAUACUGAGUGAAUUAUAAAGCAAAAAAAUACAACAAAGGCCAUCAGCUUUCAUAGAACUUUUAAAAAAAAAUACAAAUUAAAAUUAUUAGUAUCUCAAAAAUGUGAGGGCAUCUUUGUUUUGGGUCUGCUCCAAAUAUGAAGCGGUGCAGACAGGAUUCCAAGACUUUGUGGAAAAUCUGACAACCCAGUUUGUGCUGUUCAGUGUAGCUAAGGUCAGGUGCUGCAAGGAAAAGUCCACAAAAGUCAGCAAUUAGACAUCUUUGGUCUUCAUGUAGUUCUUGUGUAACUUUGAGGUGUGUUUGUGCUCAUUUGCUGUUGCUGCGUGAUUCUGUUUCUGCAAAGUUUCCAAUUCAAGAAAGGAGAGCUCCUUCUUAUUGGAGUGGGUUUAGCUGACUGGUAUCAAAACCCUAACUCUAACCCCUGGUCAGCAGGGGAGAUGUUUAUUAACCUCUCCCCUUCAUCUUCUUCCAUUCACUGAUCUACUGCCACAAACCUUAAACUUGGAUUCAUCAACACUUUUCCCCCAUAAUGUACUGUUAAAAGUAUUUGACCUACCGGCAUCCCCUGAAAAGUUUGUUGCAGACAAAAUUUCAUAUAGUCAUCUUCUGACAUGCUACGAAAUAUCUUCUCUCCCAAUAAUAAAUAAAUAACAGCAAAUUCACAAGGCUCUGAUGACUAGAUCACAGACACUUGAGUUUAAUCUAAAAACCACUUCAGUAGAAGAAAUUCAACUCGAGGAAACAUAACCUGUUGUACAAACGUGUAACCAAGGUCAGUGUUGCCAAUAUGCUUACACUGAUAACCUAGAAAUAGAUAAUAGUGACUUGGAAAAAACCCUAUGAAAUUGAUGGAGGGAUAAAUCUAGUUGUCUGGUCACUAAAAUGUUUUUAAUUUAUUAAAUAAUGUUGACUUUAUUGUGUUAAGCUGUAAAUAAUAACCCAAUGUCUGCAUAUGAGGAUAUCCUUUUGUAGCAUGGAACAAUUAAGUAACAAAGUAAUGAUUUUCUAUUUAAAGAUGAUGCUUGCUUUUUGAUUAAUCUGAAAUACUUGGAAAAAAUGUCAAAUGCAUCUUAAGCAGGAGCUCAGGUCUCACAACGUCAAACACUGUCAAAACAGACACAUCUGUAAGCAAUGAAGGAUGUGACUGCUGAUUUAUGAACACUUUGGCUUUAAUGUUGUAAAGUGUAAAACUUUAAUCUGCUUUGAAACUACUUCACAGAACUUAGAAACUUGAAUCUUGCAUCAUACAAAUGGGUGAUGAAAGGGGAGAGAGAGACGAAAAGGAGCAAGGUGGAAAAAAACAAGAGAUGAGUAUGGACGAGGAGGAAGAAGAGAGAGGGGGGAGAGAACAGUAGGAGAGAAUCGGGGGGGGACAGGGGACUACUUAGCAGACAGUGAUGAAAAGGCUGACUUGGGAGUUGGAAGGGGGGAGUGUCAUCAGAGAUAAAUAAGCUGUACAAUGUCUCACAGGGUCAGCAGGUUGCUUGACCUCAGCAGGUCAUCCUUUCUUUAUACUGGAUGAUGGACAGCCAGGACAGAACUGAACUCUGCUACCCUGAGCUUGCGAAUUUGUCUUGCAGGGGUUUAACACGUCCUCAGCCUGAGGCUGUCCUCCUCUAUACACUGUUCUUGUCCAUCUCUGUGCUAACUGUAGCUCUGAAUGUGCUGGUUAUCAUAUCCAUCUCUCAUUUCAGGCAGCUUCACAUGCCCACCAAUGUCCUCCUGCUCUCUCUUGCUAUCUCAGACCUCUUGGUCGGGCUGCUUGUGAUGCCGGUGGAAACAAUGCGGUUUAUAGAAACCUGCUGGCUGCUGGGAGAUCUCAUGUGUGCUUUGUCUUACAUUAUCGGCUUCACUCUCACCUCAGCCUCUGUGGGCAACAUGGUGCUCAUAUCAAUUGAUCGCUACGUAGCUAUUUGUUAUCCUCUGCAGUACCCCACAAAAAUCACUCACAGCAGAGCGGAGCUGUCUGUGACUCUGUGCUGGGCUUGUUCGCUCCUCUACAACGGGCUGAUCUUAAAGGAGCAUCUCAGGCAGCCAGACAGGCAUAACACCUGUCACAGUCAGUGUUUGGUGGUGAUUAACUAUGUCUCUGGAGCCAUUGACCUUGUCUUUACUUUCAUCGGCCCUUGCUCAGUCAUUAUCAUUCUGUACAUGAGAGUAUUUGUUGUAGCGGUGUCUCAGGCUCAUGCCAUGCGGUCUCAUAUUACAGCUGCUGCAGUAAGAAUUACCGCAAAGAAAUCAGAGAAAAAGGCAGCCAGGACUCUUGGUGUUGUGAUAUUUGUGUUUUUGCUGAGUUUCUGUCCGUAUUACUAUCCCUCUCUUGCAGGGCAGGACAUUUCAAACAGUGCUUCUUCUUGGGCUAUUGUUUCCUGGAUGCUGUACUUCAAUUCUUGUCUGAAUCCACUGAUAUAUGCUUUGUUCUACCCGUGGUUUAGAAAAGCUAUCUGGUUCAUUGUCUCCCUGAAGAUACUAGAAAAGGGCUCCUCUCAGGCAAAUAUACUUUAAAAUAGCAAAUUUAUCCUGAAACAAAUCAGUUUGUAUGAGAGAAUGAAACUGCCGAAUAUUAUAUGUGGCAGUAGCAUGAUGGUUUUUAAUGAUAGACUUAUUCAGUGAAUCAAAGACCAUCUGUCGGAAAGUCUUAUUUCAUAUGACCCACUGUCUCUAACAAGUAUUUUAUCCUGUCAGAACUGGGACAGAUAAGCCUCCUUACUGCAUGAAAUAACAACAAUAAUUAUAAUGAUUCAGGAAAUCUUUCAGGCUUUUUACUACAGGACUUGUAUUUAUUCUGUUUAUAUUUUUAAGUACUCUGCUCCUUAUUACAUUACUUUUAUUCAAAUUUCUGCUUCAUUUCUUUGUGUAUUUUUUAUAUUUCUUGCCAUAUUGUCCACUGCUCCAAAAUUUAAAGGAGCACUUAAAAAACACACAUGAGAUCGUGAUGAUACAUUUAAAUUAAAAAUCAUUACUGAAACGCAUUAUGUAAUUUGUUGGGGACAAGAUAAAGUAACGGUUAUUGUUGCUUCUUACAUCCUUCAGUUUAACAGUUUGUAUGCUACAGACUUAAAAAGGGGUUUUAGGAAAGUUGAUAAAGGUUUGAAAGAAAGACAUGGCCUUAAUUUCCUCUCAACCACUGAGGAGCCACUGAUCAGUGAAAACUGUUUCUUUCUGAUUGUGAACACAGUGAGCCACAUUUUAAGAUGGAUUUAUGUCAUUAUUGUCAGCAAAUCAGAUACUCAUGUAUGUUGUACAGCAAAACUAAUUUUCAAAUCUCCGUCACAUGUUAGUUAAGAUGGGCCGUUACUGUCUCAUAAAAAUCUUAUAUGUCUUAGAAUGACACUAUGCUCUUAACU